AUGGCUUCGCGUCUGGUUAAGAGCGCCAUUGGUGCUACCCGGCUUAGGCCGACCCUCCCUACGCGCAACGUCGCUGCCAUUGCCAACCUCUCCGCGACCCGUUCUGCUUCCAAUGUCCCUACCGAAGACCCCAAGCAGAAGGCUCAGUCCAUCCUUGACUCUCUCCCCGGCAACUCCCUUGUGUCCAAGACCGCCGUUCUUUCCGCCGCCGCCGGUCUCUCCAUUGCCGCCAUCAGCAACGAGCUUUAUGUUAUGAACGAGGAAACCGUUGCUGCUUUCUGUCUGCUCAGUGUUUUUACUGCUGUAGCUAAGUACGGUGGCCCUGCCUACAAAGAGUGGGCUGAGGGUCAGGUUCAGAAGCACAAGGACAUCCUGAACGCCGCCCGUGCCGACCACACCAACGCCGUCAAGCAGCGCAUGGACAGCGUUAAGGAGCUUUCCAGCGUUGUUGAGCUCACCAAGCAGCUCUUCGCUGUUUCCAAGGAAACCGCCCAGCUUGAGGCUCAGGCCUACGAGCUCGAGCAGCGUACUGCCCUGGCUGCUGAGGCCAAGCAGGUCCUUGACUCGUGGGUGCGUUACGAAGGCCAGGUCAAGCAGCGCCAGCAGCGUGAGCUUGCUGAGAGCGUUAUUGGCAAGAUCACCAAGGAGCUCGAGAACCCUAAGGUUCUCCAGCAGAUCCUCCAGCAGAGCGUUGCCGAUGUGGAGCGCAUCAUGUCCACCAAGGCCCAGUAA